AUGUCGUGUGAAGCGUGUCGGACUAUUCCUCCGGUGAUCCCCCAUGGAUAUACUCCUAAGGGCCAGUUUGAGAUCAUCGCAGGUCUGAGCACAUAUGUGACUGGUAACACCACAGAUGCCCGGAUUGGUAUUCUAGAUAUCUAUGACGUAUUUGGCAUGGCCAACCAAACGCAGCAAGGCGCAGACCUUCUUGCCGCCCGGCUAAACGCAGUAGUGCUCAUCCCCGACUUUUUCGAGGGUGAGCCGUUGAAUCCUGAAUGUGUCCCUGCCGAUACCGAAGAAAAGAAGCAGACCAUUGCGGAUUUCAUGGCUCACCGCGCCAACAUCCCCCGUAAUGUGGACGUGGUGACCGCGGCCGUCCCGCAAUAUCGAAUUCGGUUCCCCUCGGUGGACAAGUGGGGUGCCUUUGGUCUGUGUUGGGGUGGAAAGGUUGCGGUUCAAAACAAAGAAAAAAAGAAAAGAAAAGAAGUGAGGCAUUAA